AGAAGCCAGAGCUCAGAGAAAGAGACGAAUUACGCAACAAUGAAACGCUUAAGGCCCAAAGAUCCUAAAAUAGAGGCUUUGCAAGAACUUACCAACUUCAUUCUAACAUUAACGGUCAAAGUGUAUGGUUUUUUCCAACACUCAAGAAGUCUUGCAGAAAAUCGUAUUUUGCAGAAAAUCAUACGAUGUGCAGAAAGUUUCGAUGGAUAUCUGCUUCCAUACCAUACUACACACGCUU